AUGUCUCAGUGUGCACAAGAUGCAGCGGGCAAGGCAGAAGAGAUCGCCCGCAGUGCUGGAAGCCCAAGUGAAGACGAUGUCAAGAGAAGGCCCUGGAAGUUCAUUGGAAAACAAGGCCUCGUUUCGUUCGUCGCGUCUGACCCAGAGCUCUUCGCUGUCAGACGGUUCGACAAACUACACUCACGGGCCAUUCUCAGUCUUCAGGACGAGUUGGCAGAUUACGAAGAACGGCUCGACAACAUGGAUGCCAGAUACAGCUCACUGCAUGUGAUGUUGAUAGGCAGGCGCCCAUCGAUAUUCGUCGAAGUUCCGCCGGGAGGAUUCACCGCGGAAGAAAAGGCCUCGAAUCAAGAAAAGUAUGGCGACAAUGCUAUACCAAGACACAUCAAUAACGGCAGCUUUCGUGACGAAGUAGCUGAGCGCAAAGAACUGACGGAAGCGAUAACUUCUAAGCUCAUGGCUUACGAAAAGUCGCCGAUGCGGCGGUUUUUCGAACACAGAGUCAUUUAUCCAACGAGAAACAGCCUACGUCUCUUCAAACAGAAGCCGGCAGAGGACCUCGGUUGCCAAGAACAGUCGAUGUAUUAUCGGUACAGCGACGAAGGCAUCGAUAGGCUCGCACUAGCUGCUUCUCUUUCAGCAACAAUUGCCAUGUUUCUCACGCCCAUGUGGAUCAUGCACACUUUGGACAGCGGACGAACGAAGCUGGUUGUCAUCACAUGCUUUUCUUUGGCCUGGUUCAUGUUUCUGGCCGUUGCAGCGAUCGGGUCGGCAUCUACCAACUUGGCAGCAACAGCGGGGUAUCUUCAAGCAAUUGAUUUCUCUCGCGUCUGUGUCCGAGCCGCCGACCAGUGCCGAAGGAAUCAAGGGCCGAGUGGGGCCGAAUUUAGUGGAUCGAGUGCACAUCUUAAUCCAACGUCCCACCCCUCACGCGCCGGGCCCUCGCUGUUACUCACGACUCCACGACCCAAGACGGCCAUGGACACAGGCAAACCCCCGCCGGCAUCAUCCUCAUUCUCGGCCGCACACUAUUUCCCGAGUCGGCGCCGCGUCUGGCAGGCAUGCACCAACUGCCGGGCCCGCAAGACGCGGUGCGAUGCGGCGAAACCAAAAUGUAGUUUAUGCAUGGCCCAGAACGCUGACUGUGUGUACAAGGACUCGAACCAGCCACGCAUCGAUCACAAUACUCGCAUCAUGCUGGAGCGUAUUCAACUGCUCGAAGAUCGUUUGUUCUCCUCCCCGGUCUUCGGUCAACCUGCGACAACACCCUCACAUCCUCCACAGUCGCUCGUUCAGCCAGACCCUGCUGAACAGCUCGGAGGAGCAACCUCUUCCUCUUACCUCAGAGAUCGCCACGGCGAUGCCAUGAGCACGGAUGCUGCAGAAACUGACAAGCAGAUUCCCAUCCCGUUGUCACAUACCGCCAACGCAAAUCACGUCUUGGAAUGGCCCAUUGUCCAGCAGCUACUAUCUCAGACACAUUCAGCUCCACCACCAAAGCCGGCCUUGGGUGAUAUGCAAUCGACAGAGGCUACAGACAUCUUCUUCACCCAGGACGCGCAUGCGGCGCCGAGCCUGUGCCCGCCGGAAUCCUGGAGGCUGUUCAACAAGCAGGAUUUCGCCUCUUCCGGUGCUGUGGGCUACUACCGCGAACUCAUCCAGACAUACUUUGACGAAGUCAAUAUCUUCUUUCCGUUACUAUCAUUGGACUACGUUCAACGUCUCUUUGAUGCUAUUGUAUCUUUCGAGAGCUCAAAUGACGAUCAAGACGAUAUCGCGCCUGCACUUCACUGCCUGGUGCUGCUUGUGCUGUCCUUUGGCUCCUUUGUACAUGAUGGGAGGUGUCGAAUUCGCCUUGCAGGAAGCAGCACUGUCACACCACUGCCUUCACAAGACUAUUCAUCUUUGGAUGAUAAACUUUGGCGGAAAGCCAAGCUUCUUCUUGGCUAUGUUUCUUCCGACUUGACCCUCGAGGCGGCGCAGUGCACCAUGCUCGCGAGCCUAUAUACGGGCGCAAUGGGACGAGUAUCAGACUCCUUCCAUUGGGCGCACGCCACAGCUGUCAAGUGCGAGGCCCUCGCCAAACGGGUCACCGCCGAUACCACAGAGACUGGCGUCUUCUCCGAGUCCUUCCGCCGUCUCUACUGGGUCGCGUUCAUCUACGAAGGCGAUUUCAUAUCAGAAGUCUCCAUCACCCUCCCCUCAGGCAUCGCCCGCUACGAAGACGUCGUUCCCUAUCCCGUUCAAGAAGCGCCGUCUCACGCCCGCCGACCCCCCAGUUCCUCCACUGCCCAGCACCUCUCCCCCAGUGCCGCGACGGCCAUCAGCCCCGCCUCGUCAUCCCUCGACCGCACCGAGGAGCUCGUCGCCUUCCAGAUCAGCACCAACGCCGCCAUCCGCCGCUUCCUCAACCGCGUCAACAGCGUCGUCUACGACAGCAAGGACCAGUUCCGCAUGACGCGCGCCAACUAUGCCAACUGGCUCCUCCGCAUCACGGAGGACCUCUGGUCCUUCCACGGCGCCAUCUACCAGAACCUCCCCGACUUCCUCCUCACCAGCAGGCCACGCAAGCCCACAGGGUCGCCCGCCACCCCGGGUUUCCCGUCCGUUGAGGAGCUGGGAAACAACCCGUGGAACGUGCUGCGGCUCGAGGGGCGGUACUAUGCGGGCCAGUACAUCAUCCACCGCCCGUUCAUCGAGUACGUCCUCCUCAACGUCAGUCACUUUGCGACGCAUCCGUGCCGCGAGGCUGUGCUGGAGCGGUGCCGCCUGUGUCUGCUUGGGUGCAAAGGGUUCAUCCAUGUCUUCGACGUGGAUCCCACCAACAGCGUGACGGGGCUCUUCGCCGCGGGCAUGGUGACGUUUACAAUGGUCAUCAUCUUGAGAGUGGCGACCAUGUGUCCCGUGUUUUGCGAUAUUCUGCCGCCCGAAAUUGAGCGUGCGAUUGUUGUCGGUGGGCGGAAUCUGCGUCGAUUCAGUGGAAGUGUCAGGGAGUUUGAGUGGCAUCUGGGCGUCUUGGAGAAACUAGAAGAAUCUUGUCGCAGGCAGGGGGGCGAUGAAUGA